CGCAAGAGACAGUGGGAGAAGCAGAUAAAGAGAGGCUGAGAUAAGACAAUCAGAGUGGAGGACAGUGUUCAGCUGAGAUCGCCUUUCCCAACAACAGAAGAAACCUGUGCAUGACAACCAACAAGAGAAGACAAGAGAAGACAAACAACAACAGAAGGAACACAGAAAUAUAGAAGUAGUAAAAUGUCUCUAGUUGGUGCCCUGCCUUUCUUGAAACCUUGCCUAUCGCCCUCUGUUUCGCCUGGGCGCCAAAGAAGACAUACUCUACCGGCAAGUGAGUUCCGACCACUCAACACACAAGAUGCCAUCAGUGUGUUUGAAAUCGAGAGGGAGGCCUUUAUCUCAGUGUCUGGAGACUGCCCCCUACACCUUGAUGAGGUGCGUCAUUUCCUCACACUCUGUCCAGAGCUGUCCAUGGGCUGGUUUGAGGAGGGCAGACUUGUAGCCUUUAUCAUCGGGUCCCUGUGGGACCAGGAAAGACUUACUCUAGACGCUCUUACUCUUCACAAGCCCAAAGGUACCACAGUUCACAUCCAUGUGCUGGCGGUCCACCGAACCUUUCGGCAGCAGGGCAAGGGCCCCAUUCUGAUGUGGCGCUACCUGCAGUAUCUGCGGUGCCUGCCCAACGUCCGCCGCGCGGUCCUCAUGUGCGAGGACUUCCUGGUUCCCUUCUACCAGAAAUCUGGCUUCAAGGUGCAGGGUCGCUGCUCCAUCACUGUGGCGUCGCUGACCUUCACAGAGAUGCAGUACCCCGUGAGGGGCCAUGCAUUCAUGCGCCGCAACAGUGAAGCUACUGGUGUCCCUCAAGCUACGUUAUUAUUGGACGAACAGACUCGGAAACUUCAGACUGCAUUAUUAUUGGAGGAUCCAAUUCAGAGGAUUGAGUCUACACUAUUAUUGGAGGAGCCAGCUCAGGGGAGUGAGUCUAAUUUAUUAUUGGAGGAGCCAGCUCAGGGGAGUAAGUCAGCAUUAUUAUUGGAGGAGCCAGCUCAGGGGAGUAAGUCAGCAUUAUUAUUGGAGGAGCCAGCUCAGGGGAGUAAGUCAGCAUUAUUAUUGGAGGAGCCAGCUCAGGGGAGUAAGUCAGCAUUAUUAUUGGAGGAGCCAGCUCAGGGGAGUAAGUCAGCAUUAUUAUUGGAGGAGCCAGCUCAGGGGAGUAAGUCAGCAUUAUUAUUGGAGGAGCCAGCUCAGGGGAGUAAGUCAGCAUUAUUAUUGGAGGAGCCAGCUCAGGGGAGUAAGUCUGUGUUAUUAUUGGAGGAGCCAGCUCAGGGGAGUAAGUCAGCAUUAUUAUUGGAGGAGCCAGCUCUGGGGAGUAAGUCUGUGUUAUUAUUGGAGGAGCCAGCUCAGGGGAGUAAGUCAGCAUUAUUAUUGGAGGAGCCAGCUCAGGGGAGUAAGUCUGUGUUAUUAUUGGAGGAGCCAGCUCAGGGGAGCUGCCCUAAGCCUGUUAAUGUGUAAAUAUAUUUUUACUGAGGAACAUAUUAGAAUCCUACUUUGCAGAUGAUAUCAACUAAGAUGUAAAAUAAACUGAUGUAUACAUUUAUUUAGUACAAUAUGACAUUCUUAAGUGCACACCAUACAAACAUAACUAAUGCGUGGGAGAACUAAGCUUAAUUACAAUGUUUCAAUUUUUUCCAUUUCUAAUAUGUAUUUCAUUUGUCAUUAAUUUCAAUGUUAAAUACAUUAUGAAUAUUUGAAUAAAUACAUAAUGGUGUGAUUUCUGUUUGUGUAGGAAAACAUUUUAACUAAAAUAUUGAGUUAAUCACACAUUUAAUCUGAUGGUUUAGGCUACAAGUCUGUUCCGUGACUCGGGCAGUAUUGGCUGACGUCAUGGGCUUUAGAAGCUCAACUAUGCCUCUUUAGCUCUAUUAGUGGGCAUUAGCUAUUAUAAACAUCUAGGGAUUUAUAAAGGGAUCUCCUCAUUGGGCUGGCGGUGGGACUAGUGACCUUGGGUUAGGGUUAGGGUUAGUAAAGGGUUAGGGUUAGUAAAGUGUUAGGGUUCGGUAAACAAGACUGUUUCCAUACAUCUUGAAAAGUGGACAUCACCAAUGUUAAUGCAUUUGUAUUGGAAAAGUUUUGUGUGCAUUAAUGAAAUCAAAUCAAGUAAUACAUUAUUUUAUUCAGCAAGAACUUGUAAUGCCUUUAAAGCUAAUCAUAUUCUUU